CUAUUCACGUAGCUGACGACCUAACCUCACUCCUUUUCUUUUCUUAAAUAGGUGUAUGUAUUUCACCAUUAUUUACAUGGAUAUCGUUUUUUCCUAAGGAAAGCAACUGCUGAGGAUGCCGUACUUUAGCCAGGAGGACAAUUAAUAUACUCACCACCAGUACGAACGUUACUUUCUUUCUCUUAAGUACGGCUGAACGAUAGCGUUGACAUCAGCAUGGGCAAUCAGCUGGUGGGAAUCGCACCAAGCCAAAUUUUUCCUGUUGAGCACUACUUGACAGAUCAUUCUGAGUACAAGUUUGAUGCCAGUUUGGGUAGCACAAGGUUUUUCAAAGUGGCCCGAGCUAAAAGUCAUGAAGGUCUGAUUGUUGUAAAAGUGUUUGCAAUACAUGAUCCUACACUACCUUUAUCAACACAUAGAGAUAAAUUAGAAGAAAUAAGAUCACAGUUAGCCUCAGCUGUUAAUUGCUUGCCCUUUCAGAGGACAGUUCUAACAGAAAAAGCUGGCUUUAUUAUUAGAGAAUAUGUUAAAUACUCUUUGUACGAUAGAAUAAGUACUAGGCCAUUUUUAUCAACUGUGGAAAAGAAGUGGAUUACUUUUCAAGUACUAUAUUCGCUACAUCAAGCUCAUAAAUUUGGAGUUUGUCAUGGAGACAUCAAACUUGAAAAUAUUAUGAUAACUAGUUGGAAUUGGGUUUUGUUGACGGAUUUCGCAAGUUUUAAACCAACAUACUUACCUGAAGAUAACCCAGCUGAUUUUUCUUACUUUUUUGAUACCUCCAGAAGAAGAACAUGUUACAUAGCACCAGAACGUUUUGUUAAGACACUAACAUCAGAGAGUAACAACACAUUACUCUUUCCUGAGCAUGACAUUAAGACAGGUGAUUUACAGCCAAUGAUGGAUAUUUUUUCUGCUGGUUGUGCUCUCAUAGAGCUCUACAAUGAAGGCCAUCCUCCAUUUGAUUUAACUCAAUUGCUGGCUUAUAGAAAUGGUGAAUAUUCUCCCAGUAAACAUCUGGACAACAUAGAGGAUACAGGAGUACGGGAAUUGUUAGCAUCAAUGAUAGAAAAGAAUCCAUCGAAUCGUAAAACUGCCGAACUUUAUUUGUCGCAGACGCGAGAUAAAGUCUUUCCGGAAUACUUUUAUAGCUUCUUACAAUCGUACAUGCAGAUAUUCUCAGCUGUGCCAAUCCUGUCGCCAGACGAGAAAAUGUGCAGACUAAAGAAGGACAUUGACAGUAUUACUAGUAUGUUUAAAAGUAACAAAGAAGAAACAAAAAAAGAAUCGGAAGAAUUAAAGACAAAAAGAGAAGUAAAGCUUGAGUUGACUAAAGAGGAUUCCGAUCAGAGUGAAGACAAUACUAUCAUAGAAAAUAUUAGCAAUCAAAGUUUGAAUAAAAUUGAAGUAAUAAUCAAUGAAGCUCCGAAAUUUGAUUCAAGUUCAUCGUUGCUCGAGAAACAGGAUAAUAGCGAGGCUGUACUUGAAGUAAAAAAUAAAAAACUGUCUAUUGAUGACGAAAAAGGAUUGGUUAUUAUAACGCAAUUAGUUACUUCAUGCAUCAGAGGACUGCAUCAUACUGAUACUAAACUUCAAAGUUUAGAAAUUUUAUUAGAACUGGCUGAAAAUACAUCUGACGAAACAAUAUUAGAUAGGCUACUACCUUACAUUUUUCACUUAGUUCACGAUCCGGCACCAAGAGUUAGGGUAUUGGCUAUACACACAUUGACGAAGUGUCUUCAGAUGGUAAAAACAAUCCCACCAUCGGAUGUCAAUAUUUUCACAGAAUACAUACUGCCAGGAUUAUCUCAUCUGACGCUGGAUCAAGCAGUAAUGGUUCGCGCUACUUAUGCAGAAAAUAUUGGUACUCUGGCUCACAUUGCACUUCGAUAUUUGAAUAGUUCUCAUGUGCCAGCGACGGAGAAUGAGGAAACUGUAAGACGUAGCUAUGAUAUCGAACUGCAAACGUUACACGAAAUGGUGCAGCAAUCUGUUUCAUUGCUGCUGACAGAUCAGCAAAAUGUGGUUAAGCGGACAUUAAUUGAGAAUGACAUUCGUAAAUUAUGUACAUUUUUUGGAAGACAAAAAUCAAACGACGUGUUAUUAAGCCAUAUCAUUACUUUUUUAAAUGAUAAGGACGAUAAGCAAUUAAGAAAAUCUUUUUUUCAAUGUAUUGUUGACGUGGCUGGAUUCGUAGGUUGGCAAUGUAGUCCGAUUUUAAUGCCUUUACUUCAACAAGGAUUAACUGACCCGGAGGAAUUCGUCACUACCAAAGCUAUCAAUGCAAUGGCUGCUUUAACGGAUUUGGGUCUUCUACAUAAGUCUGCUUUAUAUCAGUUACUACGGGAAACUGUGGUUUUCUUGGUACACCCUAAUUUGUGGAUAAGACAUGCUACCGUUGGAUUCGUCUCAUCAGCUGCACGAAAUUUGAAUAUUGUAGAUGUCCAGUGUAAAGUACUGCCAAUGAUACAGCCCUACUUGAAACAUCACCUGAUACAAAUUGACAAACAGGUUUUGUUGCUUGAGGCUUUAGUUCCUCCGAUCCCUCGCACAAUCUUUGAUGCCGUGGUAACGUAUAAUGAAAUCGAAGACUUUUUCCACGUAUUCGAACAAAGGCAGAACGCUAGGGCAAAGGCAACCACUGGUAUUGUUCCACAAUAUAACGACAUGAGCACAGCUUUACGUAACCUAUUCAGACGCUUGAAUUCUGAGUCAAUGACUGAAACUGUAGAAGACCAGUUACUAGUUAUGAAGCCACACUUAAUGAAAAUCAACAAAUAUCGUACUUCAAAAGAUAUGAAACACUCUUAUGGGACAGCAGAUAGCAAACUUCAGUUUAACGUAUCAAAAAACAAGUUUCACUACAACGUCAUAUAUCUCCACCCUGAAAAUAAGGGUGACGUAGGCCUUCCGUCGUUCAAAAAGUUAGACCGUAAAACUUCCGAUAGUUCUACGGUAAUUGCUUCAAUGAAUCCAGAAUGGCGUACGAUGUUCGCGUCUCAAGAAAAUCAAAAUACAGCAAUAAAAAUAACAGACAUAUCUACAAGUGGUGGUAGUCCUAGUCAAAGUAUCCAUGGCAGUGACGUCCACUUGUCACCGCAACACAGUAGUCUAACUGAUACCACGAACAGUACGAACGACCAUUCUCUUCAGGAGCGUUCAUAUAUACAGUACGCAACACUUUAUGGUUUUGCAGACAGAUGCGCCCCGUGUCGUCUGGAGCUGAGGCAGCUUAGUUACAGAAAGCAAGAACAGCAUCAGGCCGCUGUCAGGGCACAGCAUUGGGCCGAUAAUAUGACUUGGCAAGCAGGUUCUAGACUCUUACCCAGUGGAUGGAGACCUCGAGGAGCUCUCAUAGCAUAUCUCCAUGAGCACAGAAACUCUGUGAAUCGUUUAGUUUCAAUCCCCGAUACAAGUUUAUUUGCUAGCAGUUCAUCCGAUAGUUGUAUCAAAGUUUGGGAUGCUAGUAAAAUGGAAGGAAGAAAUAUAGCCAACCGUUCGAGGCAAACAUAUAUGCAAAGAGGAGGGCCUCUCAUCGGUCUUGUAGUUUGCGAACAAGGUCAAUCUCUAGCAAGUACUGCGAGCGAGGCCGGCAACGUCUUCGUGGUGAGGAUAGAAUCGAACUCGAGCAAAAUGACAGUAAUGUCUUCGAGACAGCUAGACUUGCAAGAAGAAGGUUGCGCGGUCGAUUUACAGUACUUAGAUUCGGGUUCACAGUCCGUAUUAGUGUACGCUACAGUUUAUGGUGCCUUGGUAGGAUGGGACCUCCGAUGCCCUGGUACUGCUUGGAAAUUGGAAAAUGACUUGAAGAAUGGUCUCAUUACCUCGUUUUGUAUUAAUAAUUAUCAACAAUGGUUGACCCUUGGCACCAGCUCGGGAGCGCACAUUUGUUGGGAUUUGAGGUUCCAGUUGCCAAUAUGCAAGUUUGAUCAUCCGACAAAUGCCCGAGUGAGGAAAGUGAUAACGCAUCCGACGGAGCAUUCGUGGGUGAUAUCGGCGGUGCAGGGUAACAACGAGAUAUCAAUGUGGAAUUUGGAGACAAGCUCACGACAAAUGGUAUUGUGGGCUUCGAGUGCGCCUCCAUUGAGUCAAUCUCAAGGUGGCCAAAGCGUGUGUGCCAUGCAUUCUGCCUGUAUCGAUCGAGCCGGAUUUUUAUUGGCCGCGGGUACGGAUAUGAGAUUACGCUUCUGGAAUUUGCAGUCGCCCUGUGAUUCAAAAAUUGUUCUUCCUGCGGUUAACGACUCUCUUUCUCCAGAUAAUAUGGCUUAUGAGCAAAGAUUAAUCGAUGGCAUGAACGUGGUGCAAGAGGUGCUCGGGGAAAGCGAUGUCUCAAGUACAGGAAGUAGCACGAGUACGAACAUGAGACAGCGUAAUAAUGAAGACGGCAGUCCAGAUCCAGAGGUACCGAAUCCUGGGCAUCACGACACUAUUUCCGCCAUUGCUAUGUCCAACACUUGCAUCCUUACCGGCAGCAGUGAUGGCCUCAUACAAGUGUGGAAGUGAUGUGUAUGCUUCUUUUAUAGUUUGAUAGACAGCUUCGAUGCUCAAGUGAAGUGGUUAUCACCCUUGAAAACAUUUAUUUUUGCGUUACAUAAUGUUCGCAGCUACGAAAGCUGACGCAAGUUUAUUAUUUAGAUUUAAAAAAUUAUAAUCAAAAGACGAUAUUUAGAUCGUCUCCCUAUAUAUAUAUAUGUUGUAUAUAUGGACAAUUUUAUUGAAUGUGAAAAUCAAACAUAUUUUACAAUAUCUAAACUUUUGAUAAUAAAUAACAUAGAUAGAAACUAAAAAUUUAUUGAUAAUACAAUUUCUGAAAAAAUAUUGAGUCGUGAUGAAAUUAAUUGAAACAAUCAUCAUAUUUCUGGAUUGUUGCGAAUAUCUAUCAAAAAUUUCUUUUAUGAAAACCGAUAGCCAGGAAGUAAUAUUAGAAACAAAUCAAACGAAUUUUAAAAAAAACACUAACUUUUUAGUAGUAUGAUAUAUAUUGUUAUUGAAACUACAUAAAGGUGCCGAAAAAAUAGAUAUAUUUUAACUUUUAUGACAUAUAAAAUUUGAGUUGCGAUAUCAUAUACGUAAAAAGAAAUUAAACAAUUUGACUAUGAGUGAAUUCUUAUAUCAUUUGCAUUUUCAUGAGGAUAAAAUUUUUAUAUAAAAUUAAAGUCACCGGCUUAAAAAAAUAUUAUAAACCGUUUACUUUUUAAUAGACGCACUCGUGAUAAGUAAUACUACGUGCAAAGUACUGUGAUUAUACGUUACGUAAAUAAUACAAGAGCAAGAAGUGAUGAGAUUUCCAAAUUUUACCGCAGUAUUCGAAAGUUUGACAUUAUUGUAUUCUGUAAGCCUGAAACACUUCGCACUUCAAAAAUACAAAUACUGUAUAAAACUUUUAUUUUUGUAAAUACAAAAUAACUGAAUCACGGGUCAGAGUGGGUGCUCAGUCACAGCAUAAUUUGAAAUUCAAAUUUGAUUUAUAACGAAAAGUAAUAGCAUAUAUAUAUUCAGCUUUAUUAUUAAAAAAUGAAGUCCUAUAAAUGAAUUUUAAAUACUACACAUUUUCAUAUUUCUUUAUAGUUUAAUGAUGCGUAAAGUUACCUGUUAAGACUUACCAAUAUCACAUACAGUAAACAUGUAAAAAAGCAAUUUAUAGUUAAUAAAUAUUAACUUAGAAAUAUAAUAUUAUAUCAAUUAUUAAUGAAUAGUGUUUACUUAAAAAACUAGAAUAUUAAUUGCUAUUGAUUGUUUAUAUACUUAUCACAACGAAUGAUGCAUUUUUUAAGUAUCUAUGAAUUAUUUACCUCAACAGAGUAAGAAGAAAUGUGGUAUUGUUAAGUAAUUAACAAGUGCCUUCCAAAGUAAAAGGUAUAACACGCAUACACAUGCACACACACACACACACACACACACACACACACACACACACACACACACACACACACACACACACACACACACACACACACACACACACACAUACACAACCCUGAUCAAGUUAACAUUUACGUGAAAAAGUUUUUUUUUACCUCAGUCAUGAUAUUUUUAAUGAAAUUCGUUUAUAAUAAUAUGUAAAAUUAAGUGUGUACAUAAUACUGAAUGAAUGCUUUUCGUCGAGACAUAAUGUAUUGUAUGAAGCUUUGUAAACAUGUAACUAAGUAUAAAUUACGAAAAAUUUAUAAAUUAAACCAUAGCGGUGUGUGCCUAGUAAAACGCUAGUAAUUUUUUACUCGCGUAUUUGCAUCGCAAGCAAGUUGGUUGCAAAAAAUGUUGUGUUGAUUGUCGAUGACGAUUCCCCAUGCUCAAGACCAUUUUUGCAACCUCUACAUUGUAAACAAAAACUGAAUUGCUAAUUUUUCGACCGUCAUAAUAAA